AUGGACCACAUCAAGUUAACACGAGAAGUUUUAUCAACCGGAGAAGUUGCAGAUGCAGUGACCGACCCAAGCUGUGGUGCCGUUAGCCUCUUUGUGGGAACAACUCGCAAUCAUUUUCAGGUGGUAAGGUUGGAGUACGAGGCAUAUGAGGAAAUGGCCAAGAAGGAAAUGCUCGCCCUUUGUAGGCUGGCCAGAGAGAAGUGGAAUAUCAAGCAUAUAGCUAUCUAUCAUAGAAUGGGUGUCGUACCUGUAUUGGAAUCGAGUGUCAUAAUAGCUGUCAGUUCCACUCACCGAAGAGAAUCUUUAGAAGCAACAUCUUUCUUGAUUGAUGAACUGAAGGCCCGAGUGCCCAUUUGGAAGAAGGAAAUGUACGAUGGUGGAGAAGGGGACUGGAAGAAGAAUAAAGAAACAAACAUUCAGUAA